UAGCCUCACUCUCCUUCUCACUCUGUUAUAUCACCAUCGUCCUCAACAACACUCACUGUUCAUCAUCCCAUUUCUUCUCUCUGACGAAGCAGGAAGUGUUGUUGUGCUGAAAAAUGUCACACUUUGAAAAGUGCAACAACCAGCAGUAACACCAACAGCAGUUUAACAGAAGAUACACAAAAAUAUUAUUAAAUCUUGUAAAAAAAAGUUCAAUUCACCGCGUCGUCAUCGUUAAAAUUAAUCGUCUUAUUGGGAAUACACCUGUUGCACUCCGUCUUUCCUUAAAAUUGAGCUGACCUGUUCCUACAUAUUUGAAAUAAAAAAAUGGCCCCUGAACCAUCCUCCACGACGACUACGACUCGGAUUAAAACACCCCCGGAAACUGGACCUACGGAUGAACCACCGUCCUCCUCCUCCAAAAUUACUGCCAGAAAAGAAACUGCGUUAACUUUGAAUAUGAUCCCAAACGAGAUACUCGAAAAGAUAAUGGCUUUCUGCGACCUUCGAACGUAUAAAUCGAUGCGCCAAGUAUGUCGACGAUUCCAGCAAGUUUGUGACACGAAGGAAGCUUUAUUCAAUUUCAAUGUGGCCAUUCAUCCGAAUCAAUUGCCCCACCUGCCUGACCUUGUCGCUCUUACGCAAUCGCUGCCCUGGAGCAAUCUCUUUCUCGACCAUUUCCAACUCGAAGAAAUACUUGGGAAUGAUUCCACAUUAAACACAAACCUAGAAAAAUUAUCGCUCGUACUAAAAUCUCGAAAUCAAAGGCCUGGAUUCGGUUUAAAAUCAAUCAAUUGCCCAUUAAGAAUGGAUUUUGUGGGUUCAGCUUGUAAUUUCUGUACCAUGCGACCAUUUUUAUUCAAUUGUUGGGAAACGUUGGAAAGCAUAGCUGUUUUAAGGAUGACGGAAAUCAGAUCUAAAUUGUUGCCAGCAGUUUUAGAAAACGGGGUCCAUUUUCCUAAAUUGAGCUAUUUACAUGUGGCUUUCGAUUUGAGUAUUGAAUACACUGGGGACGCUCUGUCGGUUUUGCUAAAUUUGACGCCUAAUUUGAAAAUACUCAAACUGCUUUUCCCUGAUCAAGAUGAACAUCCAAUGACAAAGGAGAGCUUUGAAAUCUCUGUUCUAACUCCACUCUUGAACUAUCUAAAAAAUCGACGCCAAACUUCCAUAAAGUCAACCACCACCACCACGAAAUUCCCUACAAAACCUCAGCAAUUCCUUAAAUAUGAAUCCCCAAAGCGUGAAUUAUUAGCAAAAUCUUUGUGUAUAAAUUUCUCUUGCGAAGGCGAUAAAGCUUCGAUCCCAUUUACCUUCGGCGCAUUGGAGAAACUGUUGUCAUACUCGAAAUCCUCUCCAACUUGUCCCACCGGGAUCGAUUUACGAUUGGAAAACGUUCCAUUUCUUGCCCUACCUACGAAACGGAAAUUGGUUCAAGCGCAACAGACGGACCCCGACAUUUUGGAUCGAUUAAACUACACGGUGAAAUCCAUCGUCGGAACUAUUCAAGAUUUAAAACUAUCGACGAUGGAGAUUGAGCGAGAUUCAUUCCAUUCAAGUUGCAGACAUUUUAUGCCACCAGAAGCGAAAUUCUCCAUCAUAGUUUACCUCCCAACUAUGAACAAGAUUUACCUCACCUGUCCUGCCCAACUCCUUCCAACCGAUGUCCAAUCAAUCACGAUCGUGAGUGAAAACAAGAAAGCCAGCCUGUUACUCAGCAUCAGCGACGAAGAUAACCAAUGGGGAGAAGACAAGAAUAAAUGCUUCAUUGAAGACUUGUUAGAUCACCGGCCUGGGUUGCAUGAACUCAAAAUCCUCACAAUAAAUGAUAAAAAAUCCGAUGGAGCAUUUCUCACUCAAGAAUCGCCAAAUUUCAAACACAUUGGAACCUUUUAUAAUUUUCCGAACCUCAAAAUCCUUCAUUUAGAUUUCUGGGGAAGGAAAAAUGAAGAUUUCUUUGAAUUAUACGAUGCAUUACCACUCUUGGAAGAGUUGGUUUUGCACAAAUGUUAUAAUUUAAGUGAUCAAAGUAUCGUAGGAGUGGGUGGUGGUGGAGAGAAAAAUAAAUCUACAAUGCUACAACUAAAAUACCUGAAUCACCUCGUACUGAAUGGAUUCUUGCAAAUAACUGAUGUUUCAUUUGUCAAAGUUUUUUCGAAAUUGCCAUUAAAAACAUUACAAGUUUGGGAUGAUCAGGAUAAAUUGGACAAACUGAUAACGAUUCAAGGGAUUCAAGCAAUUUCAUCGCCGACUUCAAAAUGUUGCGCAACUUUGGAACAUUUGAAGAUCAACAAGCCCUACAAAGCCUCGCUGAUCGACGUAAAGCAAACUUUGAUGAAUUGUCGAGCAUUGAAAAAUGCUGAAAUUUUAAUUGAAACUGGUCCGGGAGCUAGUACUAAGAAUAUCGUAUAUAUUUGACACUGGUGUACUCUAGUCAUACCUCAUACAUUCUUCUGGGAAAUGAUUACAUUUUAAAUACAAGAUCUAAUUUACUAUCAUGCAAAAAUUAUCUUUUUUAUGUGAUUUUUUUAUCGGUGAUUAACUAGUGAAUCUCGCAUAUGAAACUAAAAAUUGUAUGUAAACUAGAUCAUAAAGUCAAUUUAUUACCUCUUAAAAAAUUUAAAUACAAAAUUAUCCACUUUUAA